UGUUUUUUUUCUAUUUCGAACCAAUACCCUCUGUCCCGUCCAGGCCUAGUUCCAGAGCCAUCAACGUCUGUCGUCGUCGCCCUUGCAUGUUCAAGGGCUUGACUUACUGCAAUUGCCUUCAAAGUACCUCAUGCAUGACAAUUUUUGGCAUGUUGGGCCACACCACACCACGCCACGCCACACUAACACAUCCAAUGUUUCAGCGGGUUUUCUGAGUUUACCCUAACUAGUGCGCCAAGAAACCCCUUAACCCGUCGUCAGCCUUGAAGAGAGAAAAGGAAAGAGGAAAGCUGGUUCGGACUUGAAUGCCUUUGACUACUUGGAAGUUCCGAACCGCGAGCACUACAUACAUGCAAGCCCACGUGGAGGGAACGUGGGAACGUACCGAACGCACACUCACGAGCAGAAAGACCGAGAGAGGAUCGAGCGGGAUCGAGAAUUAGGCAGAGGCGAGGACUGAGGAAAUGAAAGGAGAGGGUGGAACACUCGCUACUUUGGCACCACAACAACGAAAAGGAAAGAAGGAUUCGAGUGUAUUGGGCUUGAAAAAGCAAAGCCCCGAAGUCGAAGUCAGUACAAGGCCACUGAAAGAGGGCGAGGGCGACUCAAUGACCAAACAUGGAAAGCGAGCCCUAACCAAAGUGUAACCAUCGCGGCGGGCCUCCCUAAGGCUGCUCAGGAGGGAAGGAGCCGAGGAACCGAGACGCCUAGCGAAGAUCACAAGAGAUGUAGACAGGCCUAGUGUCUACGUCCUUCUCUUAAAAAAAGCAGCCUUCUUGUUAUUCCUCUCCAUAGUUGAGCCAUCAGCUGUAGCACAACUCGCUCGUUGGGAGGAAUUUUUCAUCCUUGUGCCCAAGAUAGCAGGAACCAAAUGGUGAGACCGAGGGAAAAGGAGCCAGCUUGUGUAAGCGUGGCGUUGGUGGGAUGAAUCCAACGGCCUUCAGAGGCCGAAGUGGAGCAACCGCCAGCUAGUGCAGGGGCCCUUGUGAUAAGAAUAAGUGAGAGGGUCUCACUCACUUACUUAAGCACGACGCACACGAGGCACGGAAAAAACGGGCCAGAGUUGUUGUCGUGGUGGGGGUGGCUGCCACCGUCAAAGAGGAAAGAGGGCAUGGGACUACCAUUUCCAGUAAUCUCUCUUGCGCGUUUCUUGGCCCCUAACUGCGAGUCUCUGGCAGAGUGGUGGUCUGAAUGGAAACCAGCACUUGGAGCUCGGUGGGCCGUCUAGGACAUAGAGAGCGAUGAUGUUUAAGGUGGUCGAUGAGACAGAGUGUCGAGCUUGCGACAGCUCAACUUUUGCGUGCAAGGAGUUUCGUUCGAAGGUGAUGUCAACAAACUCGGUCACAGUGUGAUUAACCCGGAGACCAACAAAGUAUUCAUUCAACAAAUCAUUGGCCAUGAUCAACCGUUGAGCUCAAAACAGUUUGGAAUAGUGUGAAAACAUUUUCUACUAGCCCUUUGGAAUUGAUCAUAGUGAAAGGAUAUGGCCAUAAGCAAGACCAUGAAGCAAAGAAGAAGGUUCCAUUGUGGUGGAACCUGGAAGAACCCCGAGCGUCUAGCUCAAUAUGUGGCCCUCUGCAUUUUGUACUUCCUGGGGCUUUUGGCAUUCCAAAGGUUCACAGGUCUUCUCGGUCCCUCUGGGCCAAUCAAGAUUGCUCCCAUCAAGCUCCCGGACAGCCAUGUGUACUCCAGUGAUGAUGUUCGGGAGUAUCUCUACCUCAGCCAGGCCGAGAUUCAACCUAGUCCUCUCUUCAGACAUCUAUUGGCCGAAGUCCAGAACAAGUCAGGCACUGAGAAAGAUGCCCCGCCAGACCCGUUCUUUCCACCAGAUAUCUUUACCAUGGAACAGAAGCGCAGUGGUGCUGUUGCUCUUCAUAUUCUUGGUUUGAUCUACAUGUUUGCAGCCUUGGCCAUUGUGUGUGAUGAAUUCUUUGUACCUUCCCUUGAUGUCAUUAUCGAUGUCAUUGGUUGCUCUGAGGACGUGGCCGGUGCCACUUUCAUGGCUGCAGGAGGUUCGGCACCCGAGUUGUUCACCUCCAUCAUUGGGGUGUUCAUUGCCUUCUCUGACGUGGGCAUUGGAACGAUCGUUGGCUCGGCCGUCUUCAACAUUCUCUUUGUGAUUGGCAUGUGUGCCCUCUUUUCUAAAACGAUUCUUCACCUCACGUGGUGGCCUCUCUUCAGGGACUGCACCUUUUACAGCAUAUCUCUAAUUGCCUUGAUCGGCUUCUUCCUGGAUGAGAAGAUCGAAUGGUAUGAGGCAGCUCUUCUACUUCUUAUCUACGCUUGUUAUGUCAUCUUCAUGAAGUUCAAUCCAAACACUGAGCGUUUUGUCAAGAAAAUCCUCUUCAAGAACAAAGUGACCCGGGUCUGCAGUACUGAUCACCUGGUGCCAAAUGAUGUGGAUUUUCUUGACUUUGGCGAAGGCGUCCCCGUUAGUGAUCACUUCCAAUGCAAAACCAGCACUACCUACUUUCAGUCCCAGUCUGCAAACACAGUCCUCGUUGCAAAACGUCAAGAAACCUCGUCGUCCACAGUUCAUGUUAUGCUCUAUCGGGGAUCAAUAUGCGGGACAAAGUCAGGAUAUUGCGAUGAAUUGUGCCAGGCUGGGGUGACAGGUGCUGCCAUGUCCGGUGUAGUGGCCGGGGAAGGAGCCCGCACGAGUAUCCCUGUCCUUCAUUCUGGCACCCAUUUUCGACACGGAUUACUGCAACUCAUGAUCCACACCAUCGAUCCCCUCCAUGACGGUAAAGUCGACGAGAAGGCCACCCAGUUGCACGCGAUAGCUUCGCUCAAAGUUCUUUUGGACGCCACGAAACCACAAGAUGGCCUCAACGGAAACGCUACCAAUGGCGACCAAACCCAUGAUUCGGGAAGAGCCAGUCAAGGAACAGAGGUUACUCACGUGGAUGCUUUCACCAAUGCCGACCAAUUGUCCCAAACGGGUCGGCUAAAUGGAAUCAAUAUGACCUCCGCGUCAAAUAUCUCUACCGUCCAACAAACCAAUGAUGAGGUUCGUAUCCAGGCCGCAUUGGCAGCCGGAGAUCCUCCCCCCUCAGAUCAAGGUGGCAUGAAUCUUGAUGAAGUUCAACCUGAACCCCUUGAUAUGUCAUUUCCUCGUCACGGUCUGCAAAAACAGUGCACCUACCUUCUUCUCUUCCCCAUAAUUUUCCCACUCUGGCUGACCUUACCGGACACGAGAAACCCACGAGCACGGAAAUUUUUUCCCAUUACGUUUAUCGGGAGCAUCCUGUGGAUCGCUAUCUUCUCAUACAUGAUGGUCUGGUGGGCAACGUAUGCUGGAGAUGUCUUCAAUAUUCCUCCUCCAGUCAUGGGUCUGACAUUCUUGGCCGCUGGCACUUCAAUCCCAGACCUUAUCACCAGUGUGAUCGUGGCACGCAAGGGAUUUGGAGACAUGGCCGUAUCCUCCUCGGUGGGAUCCAACAUUUUUGAUGUCACAGUCGGAUUACCAUUUCCUUGGCUUCUCUUCACGAUCGUGUUUGGCAAGCCCGUUCCAGUUUCGGCUACCGGCAUGGUGUGUUCCAUUGCCAUUCUCUUUGGCAUGUUGAUGCUGGUCUUCUUCUCCAUCUUGGUCUUUAACUGGAAGAUGACCAAGGGCAUGGGCUUCUCCAUGUUCGUCUUCUACUUCAUUUUCGUGGCCGUGUCGCUUGGAUUUGAGUACGAUUUUUACGAUUGCCCGAUGUAAUUUGGCUCCCGUUCGGAGAACACUCUGGAUGGACACAACAACACGACGGAAAAGGCUGGGGAAAGUCCGAUUUUUAAAUAUCCCGCGGAAACCAAACCAUGCACCUCAACAGCAACCUUGCACAAGAAAAAAAUCCCUAAACACAUACGAAUUCUGAAGAAAAGAAUGAUUAUUGUAGUGCACUUUGCACACUAAGAGAUACUCACACUCACUAACUUAGUCACACAACGACGAUGCCGUUGCUCUCAUGUUACAUGAAUACUCAGUAGGUAAUCAAUAAGUCAUUCCAGCUCUAGAAUAUCGCCAUCGGAUGUGUGAACACACGUGGUAUGGAGUGAGAGGGUCUGGCGUUCCAAAACCAAGGCCAUGUUUCAAAGAGCUGUACUCUCUUCGACAAAGACCAUGUAAUUUUGGGGACAAUCUAGAAGAGACUAGCUUUUUUCUUUCUUACUAGACAAUUUGAAGAUUUGCUCACAAAACUAGCGAAAUCGAUUGGAGUUUCGACCGGCCACCAGAAAGGGGUGUGUAACUUUUUGCAAUGAAUGCGUUUGUAAGCCCGACAAGCAGUGCCUCAGUCAUCAGACAAAUGGAGCCGAGUCACUGAGUCAUUGUGUAAACAGCCAUCCAUGAUCCAUUUGUCAUGGCGGCUGUUGACCAGACACUUUCUUGUCUCAAUUCUCACGCUUCGCUAAAUUAAAGAGAUGUGACAGAUUUUCAAGACACGUUUUGGAGGAUUUCAUGCGACAAAGCUUCUCCUUACAUAUUCAACUCAAACUACUAUUUCAGUACAUUAGGCUGGCAAAUUCGCUGUUGGACUGUGGACAAGUUCGUAGAGGAUGGCCUCGAAAACAUUUGUCACUUGAUUUUGACAAGUUUCCAAUUACCAAACAAAAUUCCUCAUCAAAUCAUCAAGGCAGUGAAUGAGUCUAGAGCUAGAAAGUAGAUUCGACAGCAAUAAUAGCAAUGAUCAUCGUCAAAGUACUCUAACUGAAAGCAAUCUUUUUGUUCGUUUUUGCCAUCCGAGAAAGAUCACAUGCUCUUCCGCUUUGGAAUCUCUGGAAUUUCUGGAAUCCCAUGUCUUCUCCCAAGAUACACCCUAGUCAACCCCCUCAUCUUUGAAGGACAAACUGCCCCUUGCGGCAUUGCUUUCGACGGAAUUGUGGAUUUUUUCCCCUCAGUCACACUUACCUAAAACACACUAAUUAAUCCAAGUAUGGCCUCUCUAUCUCUCUGAAGACAUGAGGAGGAAAACGUACAAUUCUCAGUGUUUGAACUCAUUUCUUUCCUUGACUUGAUGGCUAACAAAUUUCUAGCCAUUCUUGACCUCUUUCUCCUUGUUGACUAAAUUUAUUGAUUGAAUGCCCCUCUUUGGGUUUUGUUGCCAGUACUGGACGUUCUGUGACCCUUCCAGCACAAGCGUUAUUCAUGAUAGAAGCAUUUCUUCUUUCAUCAUGACUCCGCCACUUUUAGCGUAAUAAUUAAUAUUCCUCGAGAUUCCGUUGGCAACCAAUGCUUUCUUCAGCCAUCCAAUAUGAGACACUCUAUUCAAGUAUCUUAUUUUGUCCGCCCUACUCUUGGUCUGAUUUGAAUGGUUCUCUAACAAAGUAACAAAUACCACCACUAACUAUGUACAUUGUCAGAUGUCCUUUCGAUUCUUUUCCAUCUCCCUCUGUCUCUCUCUUUUUGCCUCCCUUUUCUCCGUCUCUUUUCGCUUUCUUUGGCUUUUUUCUUCCAAAUGAUCAUCUGCCGAAGAGACUUUAGUAAUUAUCUUGAAAUGCCACUUAUAAAAGAGGAAGUCAUUUGGACUGGAAAAAAAAUGCUUUGCUGAAUUGGUGCAAAUUAACGACUUUGAAAUUAAUUACGGUUCUUAGGGCUAACAAAAAUAUCUAGCAUUCUCAACAGCUCUACACUAGUUCUCACUAGAUCUCACACAAUACUCUUUUAUCAUUGCUGCGAAUCCUACUAUUGUCACUAUCAUUAGUACUGUACCAAUCAACUCUAUUGUAGUUCGUUAUUUACGAUGAUCGAAUCACAGUGCAUUCAGUUCGGAGUAGAGCAAAAUUUAUUUUUCUAGACAUGCUUGCAAGGAAAAAGGCUUCAUUUGAGUUGAACAAAUUGAUUCUCGCAUCCAUUGGACUCAAAGCCAAAGACGCAAUCUUGUAUCUCUCGUAG